UUAUCUCUUCAACUAUGAAUAUAGCCAGGGAUCAUCCCGAGUUCCUGACCUUAUAAUUUCAGCCCAACCCAGCCCGAUCCUACCUAUUAUAUAAAUAUACUUAUAUACAUGAAUGAACAAUCAUAUUUGCAAAUUGAAAAUCCUUUGCUACUUAGCCACUAGGCAUGUUGCUCAUAAUAAUUCCAUUCCUUGCUAUACUCUCUUUUGUAGUAAUAUCUUUCCUCCUCCUAAACCCUAAAAAGAAUGAGCCCUUUCAUCCUCCACCCGGACCUAAAGGGAUCCCCAUCAUCGGAAACCUACACCAAUUCGACACCUCGAACCCCCACGUAUACUUCGCCAAUCUAGCCAAGACCCACGGGCCGAUCUUGAGCAUACGGUUAGGAUCCAUACCCGUUGUUGUGGUUCAAUCAGCCAAGCUCGCGAAAGAGGUCCUUCAAACACAAGACCUCAACUUUUGUAGCAGACCGCCUUUGGUUGGUAUCCAAAAGCUAAGUUAUAAUGGUUUAGACAUAGCUUUUGCACCAUACGGUGAGUAUUUUAGAGAAGCCAAGAAGAUAAGUGUUGUUCAUCUAUUUAAUUCUAAGAGAGUGGAUUCCAUGGCUCCUAUUCGCCAAGAAGAAGUUUCUAGAAUGAUUAAGAAGAUUUCAUCCCUUUCUUCUUCUUCGGAAAUUGUUAACUUGAGUGAAUUGCUAAUGAGUUUUUCAAGUUCUAAUAUCUGCAGAGUUGCUUUUGGCAAGAGGUAUGAAGAUGAGGAAGGAUCAAGGAGCAGAUUUCAUAGCCUCCUAAAUGAAGCUCAAGCCUUGUUCACAAGCUUUUUCUUUAGUGAUUAUUUCCCUUCAAUUGGAUGGCUUGAUAAAUUAAAUGGACAAUUUUCUAGACUUGAUAAAACAUUUAAAAUUUUGGAUGCGUUUUAUGAAGAGAUCAUAAAUUACCAUCUUGACCCUAACAAGCCAAAAUCUGACGAAGAGGAUUUUAUUGAUGUUCUACUACACCUCAAGAAAGAGCGCUCUUUUGAUAUCACCUUGGAUCACAUCAAAGGAAUGUUAAUGAAUGUAAUUGUAGGGGGAACUGAUACAACCUCCGCAAUGGUAAUUUGGGCAAUGACCGAAUUAAUGAAGAAUUCAAAUUCAAUGAAAAAAGUACAAGAAGAACUCAGGAAUGCCGUUGGAAACAAGGGCUACAUCAACAACGACGACCUCAAAGAGCUUGAAUAUUUCAAGGCAGUGGUAAAAGAAACAUUUAGACUACACCCUGUAGCUCCUUUGCUAGUUGUACGUGAAACAAUCCGAAAAAGUACCAUACAAGGGUAUGAUAUUCUACCUAAAACGUUAGUAUACGUGAAUGUGUGGGCUAUUGGCAGAGACCCUAAAAUUUGGAAAGAAUCGGAGAAAUUCAUGCCAGAAAGGUUUUUGGGAAGCUCGAUAGAUUUUAAAGGAUAUGACUUUGAACUAAUUCCGUUUGGAGCUGGAAGAAGGAUAUGCCCUGCCUUGCUUCUUGGUGUUUCUAACAUGGAACUCGCACUUGCCAAUUUGUUGUACUCUUUUGACUGGGAAAUGCCUGUUGGUUUAAAGAAGGAAGAUAUCGACCUUGAUAUGCUCCCCGGCAUUGCUAUGCAUAAAAAAGUCCCAUUAUGCCUUUUGGCGAAAAAUCAUUUUCAAAAUUAAAUAAGUUGUAAAUUAACGAUAAACGACUAUUAUUUUGAAAUUACAAACUUAUAAAUAAAGUAGGUGUUGCAUUA